UGUUGAAGUUAUCCAUUUCUGAGACCGAGAAGUCCCAUCAGAGUCUUUUCGCUUUGCCUUUGGUCAGUCCCCAAGUGGUAGAGAAACAAUGGGUAUUGACAUCAACCAUAAGUACGACCGUAAAGUCGUCCGACGUGAACCGAGGUCUGAAGAUGUCUAUCUUCGACUUUUGGUGAAGUUGUACAGGUUUUUGGCUCGUCGUACCAAGGCCAAGUUCAAUCGCAUUAUUUUGAAGCGAUUGUUUAUGUCAAGGAUCAACCGUCCACCCCUGUCGGUGUCUCGCUUGUCAAGACACAUGAAGAAAGCCGGAAGAGAAGGCAAGAUUGCUGUUGUCGUCGGAACUUUGACAGACGAUCCUAGGAUCUUCAAAAUCCCCAAGCUCACGGUGUGUGCUCUGCGUGCAACAGAGAGAGCUCGAGCUCGCAUCUUGAAAGCUGGUGGUCAUGUUUUGACUUUCGAUCAGUUGGCCCUGCGUGCACCAACAGGCAAAAAUACUAUUCUUAUCCAAGGGCGGCGCAAAGCUAGGGAAGCUAACAAACACUUCGGACCUGCUCCUGGUGUUCCUGGAUCACACACUAAACCAUUGGUUCGCUCUAAGGGACGGAAAUUUGAACGUGCUCGUGGUCGUAGGUCAUCUUGUGGUUACAAAAAGUAAAUUUCUUCUUUCGAGAAGUUUUUGUAUUGGUUAUCAAAAGAUUAAUACAAUGCUUGUAACCAA